CUCUUGGGUCUCUCAGAAGAGUUAACUCAUCCAACUUUGUUAUCUGUGAAGUUAUCUCCAUUGCGCUUGUGUGACACGAAGGAGGCGGUGCGCAGAUGCUGACAGGAUUUGUGUGAUUUCCACCAUAUCUGCAUUUUGACCAGACCAUACGGAGUAAUGAAACCUUCUUCGCUCUUUCAUAGCCUUUUCUCCACCCGCGUCUCCGUUCAUCAGACCUCAAAAACAGCAUGUCGGCACUACUCCUCUCCCCGCACUUCCUCUCCGAACUCUCAGAUGCGUGGUCGGUUUGAAAAACUCAAUCAGCGACUACCUCGAUUUCUUCAACAAUACACUGCACCUCUCGUCAACGCACCAGUCGCCCAUAUAACAUCCUUUCUCAUACUUCAUGAAAUAACUGCUGUCGUACCCCUUUUUGGGCUUGUUGGAGUAUUCCACUAUGGCGGUUGGAUGCCCUCCUUGGGCGACGAGGAGGGAAAUAGCGCGUUCGACGAGGGCGUGAGGAAAUUCGGAAAAUGGCUGCGGAGGAAGGGAUGGGUCGAGAGUGGUGUGACGGAGGGAAAUGUCAAUAAUGUCAGUGAACGGGGAAAUAGUGUCGCAGACUCUGCCGCAAAUGCCAAUGCUACUCAGGGAAUGCGCUUAAUCCUUGAGUUUGCAACUGCCUACGCAAUUACGAAGGCUAUGCUACCGGCCCGAAUCAUAGUGAGCAUAUGGGCAACUCCAUGGUUCGCGAGACAUAUACUUGGCCCUGUCGGACGGGGGGCGCGAAGCUUGCUUGGGAAUUUGAAAAAGAAACCAUGACGAUCUGCCUAACGUUGCUCUUGUACCAUACUGGUUGCAUUUGUCGAUAAUAAAUGGCACCCACGGAAUAUAACGAACUGGUUUUGGAAUUCAAACUUGCAAUGUCAUUUUAUAAAAGGCGGCAUUAUCGGCCCGAUACCAGCCUUUGGUUUUGUUCUAAUGUCCCCAAUCCCAACAUCGGGGCUAUCUAAAAUGGACUUUCGACAAUCUAUGCCUCAU